AUGCGGGAGUGUGUGUACAAGUUCUGCAAAGCGAUCUGUUUGGUCUAUGGGCAACGAUAUUUGUGCAAACCAACUAUCAACGAUAUCCACCAAUUGUAUACGGUGCAUGAAUGCAAGCAUGGAUUCCCUGGAAUGCUAGGUAGUAUCGAUUGCAUGCAUUGGAGUUGGUCAUUAUGCCCCAAUGCAUGGCGUGGUCAGUACAUGAGAGGCGACCACAAAGAGCCGACGAUCAUUCUAGAGGCUAUCGCAUCACAUGAGCUUCGGAUAUGGCAUGCAUUCUUUGGUCCAGCUGGUGCAAACAAUGACAUCAAUGUGCUAGACCAGUCGCCGGUAUUCAACGAUAUCUACCUUGGAAAGUCACAUGAUGUACCUUUUCAAGCAAAUGGGGUAGCAUAUAAGCGUGGAUAUGAUGGGUUUUAG